AUGGAGGCCGUGAAGGCCAUCUUCGAACAGGCGUGCGAGGACUUCAAGGAUCCUGCCAAGAGCCUCGCCGCCUCGCGCGUCCUGGUGGACAUCCGCGACCACCCCGACCUGAUCCUGGCCUGCCAGCAGAUCCUCCACACCUCCCCCUCCCCUGACACCCAGUUCCAGGCGGCCGUGGCCCUUCGGGAGGCCACCGCUCGCCGAUGGGAUUCCCUGCCGCAGGAGCAGAGGCAUGGGGUGCAGGGCCAGGCCAUGGCGCAUGCGCUGGCCGCUGCCCGGGACCCUGGGGCCAAGGUUGUGGUUUCUGGGCUGGUGGGGCUGCUGGCGGUGCUGUUGAAGCGGGCGUGGGGGGACAUGAGCCAGGGGGAGCGAGCGGCCUAUUUUGAGGGACUGGAGCGAACGGUUGCAGGGGCUGGCAAUGUCCAUGCCAGGCGUGUUGGCAUCCAGAUCUUGGAGUCCAUCGUGACAGAAUUUGCGCCCAUAACGGCAACCCCUUUGGGCUUGUCAUGGGGCUACCAUGAGAUGUGCAGGGCAUCCCUUGAGGAAAGCUUCCUAAAAGACAUCUUCCGCCAUGCUGUCCACAUCGGCAGCGAUGCAGCCAGGUCGGGGGCAGCUGCAAUGGGGACGGAUGCUGGCACUUGCAGCGCAUGCUUGGCGCUGCUGUGCUCGAUCAUCGGGUGGGACUUUCGACCAGACGGGUUAGCAGCACCAGGCUCCGCAUCGCAGGCCACAGGCCGGCCGGGCAGCGACGCCAUGCGCCUCCGGCCGCCGGCAUCGUGGUCUGACGUGUUGUUGGCCCCUGCCACCACCGCCUGGCUCGUGGAGCUGCUGUCGGGUUUCAGGACGAUGGGUGACGUCACACGCCAGCUGAUGACUCAUGCGAGACAGCUGCUGGUGCUGCUGUGCUCCAUUUCAGGGGACAUAUUUAACGGCCAACAAGGCGGCAGGGAAGCAAGGCUUUCCUACCUGCAUCAAAUCCUCCAAGCGCUGCUGGCAUGGAUUCAGCCACCAGAGGCAGCAGUGCAAAAAGCAGCAAAUGUGGAUGAUGAGGAGCUGACUGAUGGCUGCAGGGCCAUCUUUGCCCUGGCUCUAGGCCACACGGCAGCGGACCUCCAGUGCGCAGCUCCCCCUGACCAGGUGCCGGGGGGUGGGAUCCUGGGCAGAAUAUCGGGCCUGCUUCUAGCCUGCAUAGCUGUAGGAGGCCUGCAUGAGGAAGCAGUGGGGACGUGGGUGGGGAACUGUACAGACAUGCUGCUUGAGGCAUGGUCAAACCUUGUGCAAUCUGGCAGUCAGUCUCAGACCAGUGUCAACGCCCUGCCUCAAGAGAUCUCCAGUUGCUCGGCAAGCAUCUUCCAGUCCCUUGCAGAGGCUUCGCUGCGGGAGGCCUGUGAGGGGGCACACAAGGACUUGGAUGAGGGUGACAAGGGCUGCAGCGGUCCUUGCGGCUCAGAUGAUGCUCUUGCCAGAGCAGCGGUGGUGGGCCGGGCCUGUGGGGCCUCCAGCCUGCCACUCCUCACUAGGCUGCUGAAUGAUCGGCGGGAACGACUAUUGCAGUGCAGCGCAAGUGGCCAGGAUCCCUCUGCCACACUUGAGGAGCUUGUGUGGCUGCUGUCCACCUCAGCCUGCGUGCUGGCUGAUGCAGGAGAGGGUGAAACCCCACUGGUGCCCCAGGCCAUUAGUGAGGCCCUGCAGGGGCAGCAGGCCUGGGGUGGCGGCGACCCUGUGGAGGGCCUGUCCAAUGCCAUCCUUGGGGUGGUGUCCCUUUGCCUUGACAGCACAACAAGGGCCGCGAUCAGCCCCAGGCUCAUGGAAGUUGCCGUGUGGUCACUGGCGCGAUGGGCAGACACCUACCUGUUGUCCUCUGAAGAUGCCUUGGGACUGGCCAUGAAGGCGGCUUUUGGGCAGGGGCCCCGCGGUGCAGCGGCACUCUCCGUCUCUGUCAGGGUCGUGCAAGCUUGCUUCCAGCACUACCCUGGGGAGAACGACCUGCACGCUCUGGUGGCCAGCAAACUGCUGCGCGUUUUGACCAGGAGACCGCCACUCUGCUGUGAGCUGUGGAAGUCUGACGACUGGAAGGCGUUUGUGCAACUUAUGUCUGCAGACCACUUUAGGAAAGUAAACGACAAGGCCAUCCGUCUUGCGAUGCAGAGCCUGUACAUUUCCAUAAGUGGUACAAAUGACUGCUCGGCCGCCAAGGAGUCUGCCAGCACGUUGAUGGGCCACAGCGCCAGUCAAUUGGCCAACCUGCCACAAAACCCAAAUCUGCACAAAAUUGCGGCUCACCCUCAGGUGGCCGAUGAGGUGUGCAGGCAGCUGGAGGCGUUGCGAGGCGCUGCCAGAGGCACAGCAGAAGCUGCCAACCAUGCUGUUUGGGCCAUGUUCUCGGCUCUCUUUCAGCCUCUUUUGCAGGUAAUGGAGGCCUUCAGGGCCUACACCAAUGUGACGUACUUGAUCCUGAAGCUGGCUGGGGAAGUGAUGGACAGCCAGAGCCCCUACUUGGAUAGCGCAAACACCCAGGCCUUGUUCCAGUGGAUGCUGGCACUUAUCAAGCUCUACUCAAAGCACAACCUUGGGGCAGUGUCUCUGGAGGCGGCCAAAGCGCUAAGGGAAGGCCGGGAGGAAGAGAAGUGCCGCGACCUGAGGGCACUCCUCAAGAUGGUCACCAACAUGAGCGACCUGCGCAGCAUGCAUGGCGUGCUCUUUGAUGCCAAUGGCAAGAGCGUGGACUUUGCAGAGGCUGUGCUCCUGGGGCUCAACAUCGUGGUGCCUCUGAUGAACCGCGAGCUGUUGAUGUACCCCAGGCUUUGCACCCCUUUCUUCGACCUGCUAUCCCACGUGCUGGAGGCCUACCCAGGGCAGGUGGCUGCCCUGCCCACCGCGCCCUUCCUGGGCCUCAUGGCCGCCCUGGAGCACGGCCUCAACCACGCGGAUAUUGCUGUUACCCAGGCCUGCCUGGAGGGCCUUGCGGGCAUGAUGAGGUUUCAGUACGAGGCGCUGAAGAUGGGUGGAGGGGCUGAGCUUGCUGGGCACCGCUUCGAAGGCGGCGAGGGCGUCCCCGCCCACUUCCUGCGCCUCCUCUUCCAGAAGCUUCUCUUAGAGGACCGCUCCGCCGGCCUGACGGAUCUCUGCGCCGCACCCCUCCUCCCCAUCAUUCUCUGUGACCCGCCGGCCUUCGAUGCCGUCUGCGCGUCGAUGGCGCCGCCCGGCGGCGACAGCCGCGCUUCGGAGGCGAUGGGCCGGGCGGCCGGGGAGCUGAUGCAGAUCGGGGCUGCCGGGGGGGACCCGAUGUCGAGGCAGGCGCGCGGGCGGUUCAGGUCGAACCUGGGGAAGUUCGUGGGGGACGUCAGGGGCGCGCUGAGAACGUUCUGA